CCGAAAGAGGAGAAGCUCAGAGAGGCCAUGGACGCGGACAAGCCGGACCACUACGAGGUCCUCGGGAUCACGCGCAGCGCGGACGAGGCCGAGAUCAAAAAGGCGGCGCAUCACCCCGCUGACUGAGGCCGCGCGGGCGGCAGGACUCACGCAACCCUCUCCUCACCCGGCAGGCGUACAAGAAGCUGGCCAUCCGGUUCCACCCUGACAAGAACCAGGGCGACCAAGGCGCCGAGGACAUGUUCAAGCUGGUGGCCGAGGCGUACGAGGUCCUCGCGGACCCGGCAAAGCGACGGGUGUACGACGCCUACGGGCACGCGGGGCGACCCAACGUCGGUGGAGGCGGUGGAGGUGGGCGCGGCCGGCACGAGUACGGACAGGAGUUUGGGUUUGUGGACGCGCAGAGCAUCUUCCGCGAGGUCUUUGGUGGCCGCGACCCCUUCGCCGAGUUUUUCGGCGGCCGAGACCCGCAUUCUGACUUCUUUGGCGACGACCCGUUCUUUGCCGCGCACGGCAGCGGUCUGCGGCGGCAGUUCAGUGGCGGCGCGGGCGGCGGGCUGCCGUCGAUGUUUGGCGGCAUGUUUGGCGGCAUGGGCGGCAUGGGCGGCAUGAGUGGCGUCUCCUUCUCCUCUUCCUCCUCCUUUGGGGGCGGAGGCUUGGGCGGAGGCAGCUCCUCGAGCAUCUCGACCUCAACCACCAUCCAGGACGGCGUGCGCGUGACGCGACGAGAGACCCGCACCACCGGACCGGACGGGCGCACGCAGGUCACCGUCGAGGAGGAGCGCACCGACGGCUCGGGCAACGUGACGACCCGACGGCAGCUCGGCGGCGACGAGCGGCGGCCGGCGGUCUCUGAGCGGCCAAGGAUGGGGCUCGGGUUCGGGCGGUUUUGAGGAGGGAGCAGGAAAGGGGGUUCGGGGCGGGCGGAGAUCGGUUGGGGAGGCUGGAGGGAGCGAUUCGUUGUAUGUGUGCGAACCAACGACGGCCAACAGCCCAACAUACUGCGGCCGGUCCCGGUCGAGAGGAAGGUCUAGCGUAGGUGUGCUUGUGUGACGAGUUAAAUGUUGUGACUUUUC